CCGGGCCCGGCCGGGCAGGGGCGGGUCCCUGCGGGUUCCCGGUAGGGGCGGGUCCCGCCCCGUUCCCGGUAUCGCCGGGGCCGCCGCCAGCUCCAUGUCGCGCAGGGCCAUGGGGCAGCCCCGGCGCAUCACCGACUCCUUCCCGCGGCGGCGGCGGCGGGGCCCGGGGCGACCCCCGGGCAGGCUCAAGGACAAGGGCAAGGACAAGGACGAGGCGCAAGGGAAGGCGAAGGUGCGGGACCGCCCCCGCGCCGCCCCGCAGCCCCCGCCGGACCCGGCGCUCCUGGAGAUGCUGCGGCGCUUCGACCUCUGCUGGGAGUACGGACCCUGCACCGGGAUCACCCGCCUGCAGCGCUGGGAGCGGGCGCAGGCGCUGGGGCUGAGCCCCCCCGGCCCCGUCCGGGACGCGCUCCUGGAGCACCGCGACAACCCCGAUGUCACCUACAGCCUCUGGCACGAGUACGAGCUCUGAGUCGCUGCGCCGAGGGAAGAGAGGGGGGGCCGUGCCCGCCGCCCCUCGGCCCCCAUCGCGGGGGUGCUGUGUGCUGUCGACGACGGGGGGGCACGGGGUGGGGUGAAGGCCCUUGGGGCGCCGGGGGAGGGCGGGGGGUUGUACCCCUUCCAAAACAGCCAGGCAGGGUGUCCAGUUGCCGGGACCCCCUUCCGUUUCCCCCCUCACUUCGGGGGUGCACCUGCCCACCGGAGCCCCCCACACCCCACAGGGGGUCCUGAUCCACAGGGACGGGCUCAGCUG